UUCUAUAGUCCAGUGCGGCAUGGGCUUGUGUACCAGGCGCUUCUUCAAAACAUUCCUAACAACUUUUAUAAACAAUAAUUAUUGCGUAUUAUGAUUGUUCCUUGACGUUGAAAGAAAACAUAUCUUGAUACUGUUAGAAAAUCUGGAAAGACGACAAAUUGUCGACAAUUGAAGCAACAAUGUUUUUUCAUUAGUUUUCCGGAGUGCUUGAUGAAUCCAAAAAGAAGGAUAAUCAUGAAAAAAUAAACAGUACAAAUUGUGACUUUUUUCAGUACUCAAAAUCGUGGAAUUGAGUGUUGAAACACAAGUGAGUGAGUGAAAGAUAGAAAGAGAGAAAUGAUUAAAAUCGGGAUAAAAACAAUCGUGAAAAAUGUAAUCGUAGAGUUGUGGUUUGUUAAAGAGAGUGAGGCUCCGUAGUGAGCUUAAGUGUUUUCGCUUUAGCAAAUAAAGUAGAGAAUUAUUUCUCACAGCAUGAAAAUGCUGGUAGGCCGUCUAGUGCUAGCAGGAACGGUAUUUCUACUGGUAAUUGGUGAUACGACAUCCAGGAGUCAGCUCCGAGAGGAAGUUGCGUCCAGGGAUCGACAGAUACUUGAAAAAGAUGCAUUUGGAGAUUACAGGCAGGGACGAAUGGGCCUUCAUACUGAGCCUCCGGCGAAUAAAGCUAAACGAGAGCAAGCACUCCGUCACAUUUUGGCAGCCAGAAGACGACAAAUACUAACACCAAAAUGGAUGGUAUCGAGAAAUCCAAAACCAAGUGCCAACGUAUCCAAGGAUUCCCUGGACAUGUUAGAGGGCCAGGAGACAAGACACGGUGUUUUUGUAACAGUGCCAAUGAGCGAUCAGAUAGAUGAAAUAGUUGAGGAAGAUGGAGGCAGAGAAAUAAAAUCAUCGACAAUGCAAAUUAUCGAGACACCAAUUGAAAAUCCAUCAAUAUUUAUUCCAGUUUUCAGCAAUACUACGAAAAAAGAUGUCAAUGUAUCGCGAAACUCAUCGAUAUUUUCAAGAAACCAGAAGAGCCCCGAUGAUGUCUCACGGAGGAAAAAUACGGUAGCAAUGCCAGAAUCACUUUACAAUCAUUUCAGGCCCGUGGAGAGUAAUAUUCCAUUAGAGGACAUGACGCAAUUCCUUUAUUUCGGGCAGAAAAUUCACCCUGAAAAUACGACGGGCAAUAACUCAAUGGAGAUGACAUCAGUGUCGCCAACAUUAAUCAACUCCCGAAGGAGAUUCAAUCCGAAGAGAUACGGUACAACUCUGAGUUCAAUUCCAAAACUUGAAGACAUUGUAAAUGAGGAAAUGGACAUUGGACUGGCGAAAUCAACAAUUGAGAGGAUUAAAAUUUUCAAGACAAAGAACGCAUUAAGAAAUACCGGAAUCUACUCUAGAAAAUCACCAGUGAGACCAUCAGAUCCCACAAUAGUCACGAAUGUUAUUUUAACGAAUAGAAAUAAGAGCGAGACAGAAGUGGACUCGUCCGCUCACGCAAACCAGCUGGCGAUUACCGAUCAGGGAAAAGGAAGUUUGACCCACUGGACCAGCGGCGGGACAGAUUCAACCCAGAUUCCUCAGAAGGUGCAGCAAGACAAUGGUCCGGAGAGUGAAAUCAUUGGAUCUGACGUUGCAACGACGAUACAUCCUACUGGUGAAUUGGUGAAUGAUUACCGGAAUGAUCAGUCAGUGUCAUCUGAUAAACAGGAUAAGUACUUGAGAAAUAAAAAAAAUGACUCAAUUUUCCGAAUUGACGGGGUUGAUGAGGUGACGAUGAAAGUGGCGUAUUUGGGUGAGAGAACAAGCACUGAGGUGAAUACCUUGGUCUCCACAACAGAGAAUGACAAGCUAAGUCGUCUAACAAAACUAUCAACCUGGAUGUCAAUUGAUCAAGUCACAACGUCAUUAUCUUUGUCAACAAAUGUCCCAGAGUUCAACGACCUUGCAUCAAAUACAUCCGGAUUAUCUGAUAAUCCUCGUCAGCAACCCCAGUCAUCGUUGAGAAUAGUAGUAACAGAGCCGAUAGCCGAGGAAUUAACGAGUGCACAAUAUGCAGAACGAAAUCAGAUACCCAUUACUCCCGUAAAUUUAACGAGUGCGUCAAUCACAACCCCAAAUCCUGUCAGCACAGGGGAGAUAUCGACAUUAGCAUUAAUAAAAAUAAUGAAUAAUUCAAGCAGUCUAAUUGCGACAAUCCCACCUGCCGUUUCAAUGCAUCCAUACACUUACACUAUAACAAAUCUAACUCGUUUAUUACGCAACUACACUGGACCUGGGCCAAAUGAGAAGACAACAGAAGUGACAGAACUGAAAAUCCCAGAAUCAGAAGAAGGAAAAGAAAAAGAUAAUGACGAUGAUGAUGAAGCUGGGCUCCUUCCUCCACUUUCCGGCAUUGUAGGUAUAGAAGCAGCGCGCGCGUCCGUUGGUGCCAGUGCUGAUCCGGCCGCCGUUGAAACCACAACGCUGGUGAAGGAAGGCGGUAGAAAAGUAACACAAAAGGAGAAUACGUCGCGUAAUAGUACUGUGAAUGCCAUUGAAUUAGAUUUAAUAACGGAAAAAACUGUGAAAACAACGGAUCCAAGUUAUUCACAUGGUGCAUCGAUUGUGCUUUGGAAUUACACAGGAAAUGCGAAUAAUGAGAGGGAGGGCAGUGGUGAUCGUAGAUUUAUGAGAAAAUCUGCAAGUGCUGUGUUGAAUCAACGUACAAGUGAGGAUAGAGAAUUUAAGAGACGACGUGGUGAUACGGGGAGUAGAAGGGUUAAGGGUUUGAAGAGUGAAGAAAGACAUCUGGAUUACAGGUCAAUGGACAAUAAAACAUUGAGUGACUAUGAGGUGAUUUUGCAUAACAAAACAGGGAAUAUUGAUGCCAUGGGGAAGCAACUUGACGACCAGACGACCCUGCCACCUUUCACAAUUCACUAUGUGCCAGCAGAGAGUAACAGUCAACAGUCAAUGCUCAACCGAACUGACAAAACUAUCAGCGGAGAUGACAAAUUAUCAGUCACUACAAUACCGAGUGAAUAUAGUAAAUUCAACGCUUCGAUGGAGACCUCGACAGUGGUGACGAUUAAAGCCUCGACAUUGAGGUCACUGGGUACAACAAUGAGAGAUGAAUCGACAUCAACCGCCGCGAGACCUCCGGUUUUUCCGGUAACACCGGUGAUUCUUAAUGGAUUGAAUAAGAUAACCAAGGACGAGCUGGACGUACCGCUUGAGACAGAUCGUUCGAAAAAUUUGGAGAAACCCUUUGGCAUUGAUAAAGAGUUGGAUCCUUCGGAAAUUCAAAAGAUGUAUCGAGCCCAGAGCACCUUGAAGCCCGAAGCAACCAUGACAACACUAUCCCCUGAAGUGACACUAACUGAGGGCAACUUGAUGACCUCUCAACCGAAGAUGGUAAAGACGACGCAAUCGCUGAUGGGUGAGAGAUCACGAGAAGUCAGAGGUAGAAAUCUCUCCGAUAAAACUAAAGACAAGGAUGAUAUACUUCCCAUAAUGCAACUGUACAAUAACUCCAAUAUCUUGAACGAGACAGUGAAAAAUUCUCAAGAAGAUAAAAGUACAUUAGCCACUCCAACGAGUCUAAUCUCUGAUCCCAGAACAUUGACAUCACCUCCACCAACGGAAGCUGUCACAGUGCAAACACCACUGGAGGAUGCUCUCAGUAAUAAACACUAUUGGCCAGUGGAUUCCAAAGAUGGUAUAGCUGGUAAUUCAACUCGAAUGAAUAAAAAUCGACAAGAAAUGAACCGGGAAGUUGAAGAUACCACUACCAAAUGGUUAAAUACAUCGACUUCCGCCAAUAAAACACGUGCAAGGCCACUUUUUUAUAAUUCAGGCCCACCGGAGUACAGUGGUUAUCAUCCUGAAUUGAAUGCAAGUUACAUCGAGAGUGGUAUGAUUGCUGAGAGCCCGAGGGAUGUAUUCAAUGUCAGUGAGGUCAUAACAAAGAGAAACGAUGGCGAUACCCUAGCCACCCAGGAGACUGUUGCAAUUGUUAGUUACAUCCUAGCUACAUUAGUUGUCUUUCCAAUAGCUGUUGGUGUUGGACUCAUCCUCAGAAGACUGAUCAUUAGAAAUCGAAAGGUGCUGGAGGAGUCGGAUACGUCAUCUGAGAUAAGCUGUAGAAAAGACGCUCUGAAUCUUGAGAAUGGGGAUUUCAAGACAUCGAUUGAAAAAGCGAUAACAAAAUUACCGAGGAUACAGCAUCUGGUGAGCCAGAAUGAGCUCAAGAAAAAUUGUCACGAGACUGAAAAAUCGCCGUCUCCGUCAUCGCAGGAGUCGCGCUGGGAGUUUUCACGUGAUAAGCUCAGAUUGCAAACGGUACUUGGCCAGGGGAAUUUCGGACAAGUUUGGAAAGCAGAGGCUGAUGAUUUAACCGGUCAUCAGGGAACAACGAGACUAGUUGCUGUUAAAACCGUUAAAGAGGGUGCAUCGGCCAGGGAGAAUGAGGACUUAGUCAGGGAGUUGGAAAUAAUGCAGCAGCUCGGCAAUCAUCCCAAUGUCGUUACGUUACUGGGCUGCUGCACUGAAGAAGAGCCGCAUUACUUAAUACUGGAAUACGUGAUGUAUGGCAAGCUGCUGGCAUACUUGAGAGAUCACCGAACCCGACAGGACUUCUACAAUUUCAGCGAGGAUUCCGCAGCCCUCACAUCUCGAGACCUCACCGUUUUUGGUUAUUGUGUUGCGAGAGGAAUGGAGUAUCUCGCAUCCAAAAAGAUAAUUCAUCGCGAUCUAGCAGCACGGAAUGUCCUAGUGGAUCACAACAAACUUUGUAAAAUAGCUGACUUUGGUAUGUCAAGAUUUGCCAAUGAGGAUGGUGAAUGCAUUGAGACGAGACACGGUAGAAAUGCUCUACCAAUCAGAUGGAUGGCACCAGAAUCCCUGAUUUAUUCACUAUUCACAACAAAAACAGAUGUAUGGAGUUUUGGCAUACUCAUGUGGGAAAUCGUAACCUUAGGUUCCACGCCGUACCCGGACAUGGCAGCGCGCGAGGUCAUGCGGAACGUACAGAAUGGCUAUAGGCUGGAGAGGCCCUCACACUGCCGCAGUGAGCUCUUCAGGGUGAUUGCCAGGUGUUGGCAUGCCGAUCCUGAUCGUCGGCCUGAGUUUCAAACACUCAGAAGGGAUCUUGCUCAGUUACUCGAGGAUAAUAUGAAUGGGCACUACGUUGAUCUUGAAAGUUUUGCCUCUGAAUGCGCGGACUGAGUAUUUUUCAUCUUUAAAAUUUCAAUAUUUAUAAUGACUAAAUUUCCGAUAUUUUGGUUACUGCUCACAAAGAGGAUUAUAUUCUAAAUAUUGUCAACAAAAAAUUUACUGACAGCUGUAUUUUUAUGCAAAUAUUAUACGCUUAUGCGUAUUUUAUCGUUUUAUAUCUCUAGUUAGACAACUUUAUACAAAUUCCUAAGAAUCAUCAACAUGAAUUAUUGGACCUGUAUUGCGAAAUUCAUUGCCUGCAAAUAUUUGUAUUCUUUCUUGCGUAUUAGUCCUUCAAGUGGUAUAUCAGGUGAUAUUUGCGCCAUUUUUCAAGAUGACCUUUAAUUUUUUCAUAAGUAAAUUUUAUGAGGCUGAAGAUGUACAAAAAAAGAGAUGAUGAGGGAGGGGAAUUUGCCUAUUGUAUCAAGUUAUUAAUUUCUCGUCAGUUUUCUCGAAUCAUCCUCCAUCGUUUUCACUGUAGCCUGAACGGCACGUUUUCAUCGUUCCAUUCGUUUAUUAUCAUUAUAUUACUCUUGUCAUGUGGUUCUCGUGCAUAAACUUUGUAAAUAGAUGUUUAUUGUAUCAAUGAUUUGUUAACUCCCAUUCAAUCAAAAAAUGCAUGAGAAUGUCAUUGUUUUUUUUUUAAAUUGCAUUGUUUUCACUCCAGCCUGUAAGUUUUAUAUAUUUUAUUUCCAUUACUGUAUAAUAUUAAGAUUAUUCUUAAUCAUUCUAGUCUUUCGACGCGUCUUGGGGCGAUAAUCCAAUUCCAAUAAUGCAUUAGGAAGAACCAAACAUAGUGGUGUGAUAUCAAAUGUCCUUUUUUUUCAUUUGUUCUCCGUGUUUAAUGUUGGUUAUUGGAUUAUCAAUGGACUCUGCGUUCGUCAGUUUAUUAUAAGCAAGUUUUUACUUCAAAAUAUGAUUAUAAUGUCGAAUCAUUUUCAAAUUCAAUGGUAUUUGACUCUAAACUCAUGUCCAAUAAAUAAAAUUUGAGUUAAAAAAA